UUGGAGACAGUGGUUGAAACUGAGCCGGUCAUCCGGAACGCGUCGUCGUCAUGUGGCACCGAAUUCGGCUCGCAUCUAUACCGAAUAUCAGGCGAGCUCCGGGCAUCGAUUGACCCUCGGAGAUAUUUACGCUUUGUAACUGGCUAUUCGUUUGCAUAGUUAUGGCCGGACGUAUUUUUACCCAGAUCUUUGAUACCCUCGGACCGUUCGACGAUCCACCGAUCCGGAGUAGGUAUAUCCCUUCUCCGUGUCUCCUACGCGAGGGGAAUGACAAAGAGAAAAAGGUAAGAAACGAAUAAACGAAAUGAGGAGGACGCUCGAUAAAAACCAGACACCGUACUCUCAUUUCAUCUUGAUCUGGGAUUUGACCGAACGCGAGAUCGAAUCUUGAGCAGGGUGUCGAUUUUUACCGAAAUCGUGGCCAAUGUCACGGUCCAGAUUCGCGGUCAUCGUAUCGCCGCGUACCUGCGGCUAUUAGAGGGGGUAUAUUUGACGGGUCUCUUCCCGAAGUGGGAAAGUUAUAUCGGACCCCAUGCCCGGGGCCCGAGACACGCGUCCUACGCGGGAGUGGGGCGGUUGGUUCGGAGCGGUGAUCCAGGAUUUAGGGAUCCCAGGCCCCGUUCGUGUGGCUCUCGUGGGCGUCCCCGGAUCGUUGGCCAGGAGUCGAGUACGGCUGUUCAGUCUUCGGUCCGCACUGUCCUGUAUGGCCAUGCGUCGUCGCACUAUCAUCGCUCGAACAGCAGCUCUGCAACCAGAACACAGUCAGUACAGCCUCAACUGCCAGGUCGUUGCUGGCCCCAAAAUCUCAAAGCACCGGCUCUCCUCAUUCGACUCGUCUGGUUCGGUCGACUCGUUGUGCACUGGCAACCCCUCCGGGUGUCCCCCAAGCUCGCCAUUAGUCCACCCAGGGUAUCGCUCGCGCGCGGACGCAUCUACUACUGGCCACGGUCUCAACGACUUCACAAUUUCUUCGCCGGAGCAAAGUUUGGAUCGCACAUGGCGGUGGCUCGAUCGGCCUGAUCGGUACUCCGUCGUUUCACCUGCAGGAUUCUCCGUUCGAAAAAUAUCGUUCGAAAAUUGUUUAUUCGAAUCAAAUACUCGAUCAUUAUUUGGUAGAGAUUUGAACGGUCUCCUUAUUCGCGGACUUCAGUGGGUCGGUUUUACCUCGUCGUUGAUAAUCUUCGAUCAACGGUUGAAUAAAUUUAGGAUUAUUUUCGAGACAGAUUGAACCACCUCGUUCCGCAGUGUUGCUUCGUAACGUUUGUGGCCCCGUACGUCUCUGACCGUUACGUAGGAUAAUUAUUGUGCCGAUAAUCUCAAGUGCUUUUGUGAUAUUAGAAAAAUAAAUUCCCGAUAAUAAACCUGGCAUUAUCCGUAUCGUGGAUCAGUUCCGCAAGUUGAGAAUAUUCAUGCAUGUAUCAAAAAGUUGUACAAUUCAGCCUUCAACUUUAUUUCGGGGUUGUAACGAAUAACCGGUAAAACCAUCGCUACCACCGCUGGCGAACGGAAAAAAAAAAAUAAAACAAGAAUAAACGAAAAAAUACUUGAAAAAAAUCUAGUGAAAAAACGGCAGCGAUGUCGGUUAACAUUCGCGUGACCUCCUGUGCACCGGUAGAACUUUUGAAUGCUCCGAAAAGCCGACGUUACUUUCAUACCUACAGGUAAUUUUUCGCGGGAACUAUUUUACGGCAUUCUUUUUCGCUUCUUUCAUACAACAGGUUGAUUUUUAUUUAUUCUCCGUUUAUGUAAAAACUCUGCAACGUCCACCUUUUCACAUAAACCGCUGAUCACGAUUAGUUUGAUUUAUAUUUUGCAAACUCUUUCUAAUCGCUCUCGCGGUUUGAUAUCUUCGCCGAAAUACGAACCUUCUCAGUUCGUGUUAUUGACAACGGAUGAAUGCGUUUGGAUUCGUGAUACUUGAGAAGGUCGACGUCACACGUGGUACGAUCAACGGACAAUCGACUUAAACGUUGCGACGUUAACUUGAAACUCUGGUGAGAAUCUCAUCCGAGAAAUUGUUUCGAACCCGGAUAAUUAAACGUAUACCUGUGAAAAGUUUGAAAUGAGUGAGUUUUAGUGAUAAUAUUUUCAUCUCGCCAACGGAUCGGAUGAUUCGAGCUGCGGCCUCCAGUUCAUCUCCUGUUAAACUAUCAGAUUAACACUCGACUGAAUCAUGCGUUGAGAUCAUCUUGCAACCUGUAUGGUCAACGAAACUAGUUUUGGUUGGCGUGCUAGCCAUGUCAGGGGAUCGCAGGGCAGGAGCGCGCCGUGUCGACGUGGGGCCAGGAGACCUGGAUCGCCGGCCCCAUCCAAGGAGCUGAGUAGCGGAACACCCCUUGGGGACCAGAUUUUCAAAAAAGAAUCGAAAUUUAGCUGCACAGUCAACGACGAGCUGAGGCUUGGUAUCCACGGCCUCCCCGCUGGCCUGGCCAGCUACUAUGCGAAUUGAAGCUCUUAGCGCCUUUCUCGCGGUGGUUUGGGUGACCGCAGUCCUGUAUCCGCGGCUUGUUACCGCGAAUAACCUGACCUCUUCCUUUACGUCACGACGCUCCAGAGAUCAUCCGUUCAGAGGACACAUCUCCACAGGAAAAGUGCUGUUGGAGGAUACGUCGAGUAAGCGAUUGACGUAUCGCGAGAUGCAGGAGGUGCUUCGGCAAGAGGGUGGCGACGAAGGUCACCCAGUUGACUGCUGCCCAACGAUCGAAGAGAUGGUUGAACCGACGGGUGGAAGAAAUCGGGAGGAUAUGUACGUCGAGCUUUAUGGAUUCGGGGAGAACAUGCAGAGAUUUUUCGAAUACUCUUGCAGACCAGAAGUCCUCGACAAACCGUGCAGAUUUGUCGACCGAAAACUCAGCAUUCAAUCUCGAUGCGUGCAAAAGUUUUCAUACACAUACGCCAUUAUUAAAAACCAGGGGUUCAAGAGUGGUCCUGAAGAACACAGCAGACAUCACCAUAGGCGCAAGGAUCUACUUGAAUUUCACAAUUCCACGUGGACACUGGACUACAUAAAAGUUCGGAGUGGAUGUAGCUGCGAGAUUUCGCCGAAACCCAAAAAGAAAAAGGCGUCAGCAACGAAAUCGAAAAAAUCGAGAAGCAAAUCGCGACAGUUAUUGAGAGAAAACGAGUCAGAUUCUGAAGUCUGAUUUAACGCUUAUGACUAUAUCCUAAUCAUACGACUUAGAAAUUCUAUAAAACGCAUUGCCAAAAAUUGUCAAUUUGUCCAGGAAUGAACCAGAUCACCUUGAAACGCUUGCCGAAGAUUAAAAAAAAAAUGAAAAAUGCACAAUUCUUCGGCGGAAAAUAUUGGUUUUUACGUUACAGGUUUUUCAAUUCUGGAUGAAUUGUUUUUGGCUUCAUAGACACUCGUGUCUAACAAAACUCAUUACGUAAUCAUCGUAUUUAUUGUCGAAUAACUUAGUGUGGAAGUUUAAGAAUUUUAGGGAAAGUGGCGGAGGGAAAUUAUUAUGGUCUUAGCUCGUACACUAAAGUCUAAUAAUUUCUAUGUUCCAAAUCAGAGUUCCCAUAAAUUCACAUUCAUUGCUCGAUUUUUUUAUCAUAAUCGUCUCCCUGUCGUCAGCUUCGAUCUGACCGAUGAAUACCGCCCGGUUACUGGAAUUGAGUCUCGUCAUAGUUUCAUUCCAGCUUCUGAAAAAGGUGGUGAAUUUCAGUGCGAGUCGUUUAUGGCAAUUUAGAGUAAUGGAAUAAAAAGUCUCGAGACCACUUUUACACUAUCAUAAUUAAACUUUAUCACUUAGGCUAUAGUUUUUAUAUGCGGCCAGUUCUUAUUAAUUCUUGUAUAUGAAAAUUUGCAUCUAUUUAAUAAUUUUACAUGAUUAGAACUAUUGAUUAAUAUAUGUAAUUAGAUUUUAGCGCGUGGCUAUGUAACGCGUCAGUAUUUUUUGAUAAGUAACAUCUGAUUGUUCGAUGGAUCUGCGUGUAUUUUGAAAAUAAUUAUUUUCAAAUUACGAAAUAUUAGUUCUACUAGAAACUAUUUAAUUAAUUAUCUAUUGAAUAGAUUAACUACUUAAAUGAUAAUAAUAUACCUGUGUACUGUGUAGAUAAUGUACACGGCGUUCUUGACAAUUAUUUUAAUCAUUGAGAAUUUCAUUUCACUCAAAUUUGUGAAACCUGAGGAGGGGCUUCUUCAUUUCAUUAACAGAAACACGUGAUUGAGGCCUUACGCCAUGGUUGAUAAAGAAAAAAUCAUCUGUCAUGGGCCAGAACAGUGAGAAUUUUUUCAUAAAAUAGAAAAAAAUUUCAUCUUCCACAGAGAUUGUCUACGAUGUAUUUUAUUGUCUUGUUUCGUUGGCAGCAGCACCGUGUACAGAAACAUAUGUUUUAUUUAUGAAUGUGUUAAAGUGUAUCUAAAAUCAUGAUUGAAUGAUAAUUCGAUCCCUAAUUUUAUAAAUUUCACAUACUGUAAUCAUCGAUCAUGUCUAAUUCAUAACAAUAAAUUUUUUAGUUUCCGUGUAUUAUAUAACACUAGGCUUCCAGAAAAACUGCAACUCUCUGUACGUACCUCCGUGUAAACAUUGUAAAUACAUAAACAUUAAUGAUACGAAUUCAAAAAAUUGUUUGAUUAAAAGACCGGUAACUUCCGCUGAAUCUCUCUCAUCACAACUUGGGUUUCGUAAUCCAAGAAAUGCAACAUAAAUUUUGCAAUUCAAGUGAGAUCGUUUUUUGAUAUCAAAGUAGAUGCUAUCCAGUUUAUUCGUAAUUUUCAACCUUUUCGUCUUUUUUUUUGUUUCAGGAGAAAAAUUUGCACAGGGCAAAACAACUCGGCCUCGAAUCCAGAAUACAAGACUCGUUGGUGCAUCCGCAGAAUUAUUAUAACAUUUGCCAACCAAUUGAAUUGCAUGCAUUAGAUUAUAUACAUAGCUAUAAGUCGCGUACUUCUCAAAAUAAUUAAAAUAUUGUUCUAAAACUAAUUUAGGUAUCACAUUCUGUGAAUGAAAUUGUAAUAUAUUUAUUGUAAGGAAAAAUUUAUUCGUGUGAAUAAA